GCAAUGGAAAGUGUUCGCAAUAUAGCGGRUUUUGAAAUAUUGACGUUAUGGUAUCUUUACAAACGCUGUUUCAGUYUUUACCGGGAUAUUCAUUGAAUAUUACAGAGCUGUCUAUAGUAAUACUUUGACAUCCGUACAUCCGCGUUAUAUUCUAGCUACGUCUUUAUUCUACUUUAGUUUCUUCUAGCUCCUCCCAUUUAUUCAAUUCCAUGUGUUUUUACUUUUCUUUUCCGUUUUAGUUUUUCAUUGUCCACGUUUUAGAAUCAGAUUCAUUAUUCUAAAAGCAGUGUACAUGUUGUUAAUCUCCGCUUCGGAAAUAACGAGUAACAGGAGAAGCAUAACAAAAUACGCUUAGACCUCUAAAAGCAUCCAAUAUUCAACCAAAGGAAACCAUGUACUUUUUUCUUUACUAAAGCGACAUUUCGUUUAGAUACAAGCGCGAGAUUAAACUAUAUUUCCAUCUAAAUAUAGUGUGAAAACAAAAAAAUGGGAUAUCUGUUAUCAGUCCACGGUCGCACUGAGGGAAUGUCUUCGCUAAAAGCUUAUAUUGUAUUACCAAAGUCAGUUCCCUUUUGUUUUGGUCAUUUGUAAUUUAAAUGAUUUAAAAAGUGAGAAUUUUUCAGCUUUGGACAGAAAGCUACGGUUUCAAAAUGAAAAAAAUAAAUGUGUCGAAGUCAYUUAUCGUUUAUUGUGUCCGCUGUCUACAGGAGUCGCUCUGUUCUUUUAAAUUCUCUUUAUAAAGAUCAUAUCUCAUUCCCAAUGUCAUAUAUCAUUUAGUUGGUCAUUUAUUUCCUUACGUAAUUACUAAAUCAAACAUUAGUUGGGAAUAAACAAAAGUUUAUGACCAUGCCAUCCUCAUCGUGUGGUUCGCGCGGAAAUACACCUCUUUUCCUGUGAAACCCAAUUGGUCGGGACAAUAUAUGAACCAAGGGUCUACAUAAACUAUAUCAAAAGUCAAUCACUAGACCAAUUCUUUGACAUAACUGAAGACGAUGUUUUCUUAAAGGCAGCUGAUGAAUUUCGAUGGCAAAACGUUUUCCACAAAGGGCGAUAGGUUGUAAUUGAUUUAUACCAUAACGGUGAAGUUUCUCGCGUCUCGUCAACUGGAUUUCURUAAAUCAUUUUGAAGUUCUCAAGACACAAAGCUUAAAGUUGCAAGACAAAAAGAAAGGUUGUUGUGUAGUUUUGGUUAAAAUGUACAACCACACUUCAAAUUCUACCUCGCCGGGUAACGCUUUGCCUGUUGGUCCUCUUGAUGGACCAGCCAUUGCGUCUGCAAUCUUCGUGGUUCUCGUCAUGUUACUCACCAUCUUCGGUAACUCGUUGGUUUGCUUCAGUGUUUUAAACUAUCGGCGYCUAAGAAGCCCAACAAAUUAUUUGAUCUUCUCGCUGGCUGUGUCGGACUUUUUGGUGGGUACCUUCUCGUUGCCAUUUCGGCUUACGCAAACCCUAAACCAUGGGUCUUGGCCAGCAAAYCUUGGUCGCGAAGGCUGUCAGUUUUGGAUCUGGAUUGAUAUGCUUUGCUGUGGUGCUUCAAUUGUUAACCUGGCUGGUAUAAGCGUGGACAGGUUACUGGCGAUAAAAAGACCACUCCGAUAUCGCGAGGAGAUGACGAGCAAAAAGGCUUUUWUCAUCAUUGCAUUCGUGUGGGUCUACUCGAUGACUGGCGCAUGUUUAUCUUUGGUCAAGUGGGAAGGUUCUGAAACCAUAACAUAUGUACCUCAAUGUGGCAUUACCGCGAAAACCUACAUAACCAUCAUUUCCCUUGCAAGCUUCUUCUGCCCUCUUUUUAUCGUUGUUAUYUGCUACGGKCUUGUGCUUCACAUAGCGAUCAGACAUGCUCUGCAAUUGCAAAAGGAAAAGGAACAAAUUGCGGUUAAUUUUCGACUUGAGCCWAACGGAAACAACGAGAUGAUUGACGACGGUGAACACUCGUCGGAUUCACCUUACAUGCACUUGAAAGAAGGCGCUAAAAGAAGCUCCAAGCAACAUAACGGACACUCAUUUCAUCACCGUCGUUCGAAAUCCACAGCUUCAACUUUUAACAUCAUGAAACAACUGAAAGCAACCAAAACUCUUGCCAUUGUUGUCGGCGUGUUUAUAAUCUGUUGGUUUCCGUUCUUUGUSAUCUUCCUGACUGCCCAGUAUUGUGGGGCUAAAUGUUUUGACGAAGAAAGGCUAUCAGUCCAGGCCAAAGAGUCUCUUAUAACUGUAUUUAUUCACGUGUUACCUGUUAGCAAUUCUGCAGCUAAUCCAAUUAUCUACUCUUGUUUUAAUCAUGAGUUUAGAACUGCUUUUUUGAAAAGCUUUUAUCGUCUUGUUGGGAAGAAUUACAGACCGAAGCGAGACCUAAUGAMCAGCGCAACAAUGAUGUACUGAACCAAGRAAAAAGGAUUUCAAGUUCCUCAUUUACCUUUAAAGAAGGACAUGGAGUUCCAUUAAACAUUUAAUUUAUAUAUAUAUGUAUAUAUAAUGUAUAUACAAACAUGGUCGAUUAGGUUAAGUCAUSUAGCUAUCUUUAUUUUAGGUUAAUGAAAUUACACUUGUCUGCAAAGCGAAAUGUGCGGCCAGUAAGUGCAGUGCUAAUGGUAUCCAAAAMAGCUGUAGCACACAGUCUUAUAUAUAAAAAUAAAUGUUGAUUUACUACGGACAGGCAAGCGAUUUUCUGUUGUCUCUGAAAAGAAUGACUGUCUAGUUUGAAUUAUUCAGUUUUAYYAGAAAACAAAAGAUUUGGGGYCUAAUACUAACCAUUGGCUACUUCCAUGAACGACAAAAAAAUCACUCUGMAACUUUUUCUUGUUAGUAUGUURAUAAAAUAAUAAAUCAAACAAGUUCAAUGUGGAUCAA